AUGUGGCUUGGCGAAGCAAGUGAUAAAAUCAAACCCCCAGAAGCCAAAACCCUACUCAGCGAUUUCGAUGAGGCCUUCUCCCCAACAAAGCAACAGAGAUUCGAGUCUCACACUCCGCUUGUGGGCCGACCACCAGAGGCUCGGUUCGAACCACAUAAGCUUCUAUCCUUCCCAUCAGACAUCUGGUCACUUGGAUGCUCUUUAUGGAACAUCAUAGAUCAGAACUCGCUCUUUGACGGUAUGUUUGCGACCGAAGAUAGCAUUACUUGCGAGCAAGUUGAUGCACUUGGCAUAUUGCCCCUGGAAUGGUGGUCCAGGUGGGAGGGGCGACAUGGUAGAUUCAUGGAAGAUGGCAAGCCGAUCAAUCGGGAUGGGGACCCUCACCGGUCGUGGGAGGCCAGAUUCGAACAAGAUAUGCAGGAGCCUCGACAGAGGAAAGGGAUGCCGCGUAUUGAAAUCGCCGAGAGGGAUGCUAUCUUCAAGAUGCUGAAGUCGAUGCUUAAAUUCAGGCCUGAGGACCGCUCUACUGCGAAGAAGAUUCUCGAAUGUGAGUGGAUGGUCAAAUGGGCUUUGCCUGAGUACGAGAAGAUUCGAAGUGUAUGA